AUGACGCAACUGACGGGCCUCCCCCGACUGCGCUGGCGCGGAUGGUUUCAAUCUUGCAAGGGCACGAAGCCCAAAGUCAGGGGCGUUCGCUUCAGGCCCGAGAGUCACGAGGGGCCAGCCAACCAUGUUCACUUUGAAGAGAAGCUGCACGACUCCAUUGUCAUGGUGACCCAAGAGGAAGACGGGAGUUUUUUAGUGAAGGUGGGGUUCUUGAAGAUUAGCCACAAAUAUGAGAUUAUGUUCCUGCUGCCGACGUCACAGAACUUGGGCCAGGGCUCCUGCUGCACCCCACUGCCCAGCCUCUACUUGAAGCUGGUCGAGAUCACCCCAGUGCCAGAAGGUAAGGUUCGUCUCCAAGUUAGGGCGCAGCGGUAG